AUGUUUAUGCUGAAAUCCUUAGGGAAAUACAUAUGGGGAAAUUCCACCUCAAGUGAAAUUAUGCAGAUUCCAUAUGGUCAAUUAUAUUCUGUUCAUAAUGAUUUUCGAGAGUGCAUGUUUAAGGAUGCCAGUGCUUCCAUUCGAAGGACAACUGUGGAAUUCCAAUAUCAAUUGGUAAUUCAAAGAGCGUAUGAAGAAGGAGAAGAAAUCUUGGAGGGAGAUGGAUCCGAUGAGGUUGAAGAUGAGCAAGCAUUUCUACUGGAUGAACGAUUGAAUCUACGAUUUGAAGUGAAAAAGGACGGAAUCACGAUGAUGUGGGAUAACCCAGAAUUUCAAGAUGGAACUUUAUAUGAAUUUACGUGCGAAGAUGGGUUGCAAGAAGGAGUGGCGUACACAUUUGAAAUGGUUGCAUUGCAAUGCAUGUAUGAACGAAAAUACCGUCAACCUCACAGCAAAGCUACGAUUGCAGAUUUGGAACAAUUCAGUAUCCCUAUUAAUCGUCUUCAAUCGUCUACUGAUAGUUUGGAGAACAUAAUAACAAAAUUGGAUCUGAAAUCCGAAGACUUGGCUCGUCACAAGUCUCAUAAACUUAGCCAGGAUGAAUUGGAUGAACUAGCUGCCCAAGAUUUCAUAACUUUGAAUCCACAAGCAUCCGAAGUGAAAACUCCAUGCGGAAUCACCGAAAAGAAGCAAAAGGCUCCGAAAGUGGUUGAUUUGGAAAAAGAAAUCUCAAAAGAAGGGCAAACAGACCUAGGAGCAGCAGACGAAGAUGGAGUCGAGGAAACAGAGGAUUCGUUCGAAGGAGAAUUAAUGGGGUUUGUUCAUGCCGAGCUUCAUUUAUUUGACUCUUUGGAAGAAAUCUUCGUUCUGCAAACUAAAGAUGCAGAAGCAUGUAUUUAUGACCUUGGAAAUUGGAACUAUUGGUUUACGCUCACGUCGAAGGAGCGAAAAUGGAUGAAUCAAUCGGUGGGGUCAAACAUGAAUCCAGUAUUUUCUUUUGAGCAUCUUUCCUUCAUCUGGAAUUACUAUGAUGAAAUUGGAACUGCAUUUUCAUGGUUAUUACGAUUUCCAAAUCAGGAAGAAAUGGAUAAAUUCCAGGAAAUCCUUAUGCGAGCUUUAUGGGAAAACUUGAAUCAACAAAAGUGGCUCAAAAUUAAGGAUGAUGACCGGGAAUACGUUCGAGAUGCAUUUUAUGAGGAUGAUGAGAUGCCUGAUGCAGAGUCUGAGGAAGACGAAGAAGCUUUGCUGCGCCAAUUGCAACAGCGAAACUUGGAAGAGGAAAGUGAAAACGAAGUUCGUGAUUCUUUUGCAGAGUUUAGUGAAAGUGAGGAUAGCGACAUUGAUGAAUCAAGAUGGAGAAAAGAGACAAAGGACGAGAAGAAUAGUAUUCUGGCAGUGGGAUAUAAAAAUGAUCGUUCUUAUGUUGCACGAAAUAAUAGAAUCGGUGUAUUUAAGCAUGUCGACGAUAGCCUAAAAUUUGACACAUCGAUUAAUAACUUGUCUAAACCGAACGGUAAACCGUUACAGCCUACCAAGGUUUUGUUGCAAAAUCAAGACUCCUCGAUUGUAUUUCAGACGAAAGAUUCGCCUCAUCACUUAUACAACUUAGAUGUAGAAUAUGGAAAAGUGGUAGACGAAUGGAAAAUCCAUGACGAUGUACCAUUGGUGGCCGUGGCUCCUGACAAUAAAUUUGCGCAGAUGACUGCAGAAAAGACGUUAGUGGGAUUGUCGAAUAAUUCCAUUUUCCGUAUUGAUCCUCGAGUAGAAGGAAACAAGUUGGUGGCAGAGGAGUUUAAGCAAUAUGCCACACGCAAUCACUUUCAUACAGCGGCCACCACUGAGAAAGGCUACAUUGCCGUUGCAAGUGAUAAAGGCGAUAUCCGAUUAUUCGAUAGGCUUGGUAUUAAUGCCAAAACAGCUCUCCCUGCCUUGGGCGAACCCAUCAUUGGUAUCGAUGUCACAGCUGAUGGAAAUUGGGUUCUCGCUACUUGCAAAACGUAUUUGCUGUUGAUCGAUGCUCGAAUCAAAGAUGGACGCUACGCAGGCAAAUUAGGAUUUGAACGUAGUUUUGGUAAAGACAGCAAGCCAAAGCCAAAGCGUCUUCAGUUAAGUCCACAACAUGUCGCCAUGAUGCAAGGCGAGUUAAAAGACGGAAUAUCAUUUACAACAGCGAAAUUCAAUACAGGAAUUGAUGCUAAAGAAACAACAAUCAUAACGAGUGUUGGUCCGUAUUUGAUUAGCUGGAAUUUAGACCUCGUCAAGCGUGGCAAGUUGGAUAAAUACAAGCUUCGACGCUACCAAGCCAACAUUCAAGCCGAGGACUUCCGUUUUGGCACAGACAAAAACAUGAUUGUUGCUUUGCCGGACGAUGUCACCAUGAUUGACAAGUCUUCUUUACGUCGACCUACCCGAGCAUCUAUCUGUACCCCAACAUUCAAAGCACCUUCCCGCAGCGAUAUCGUGAAUGAACCAUAUUAG